AUGGAUCCACAAAGGGCAGACCCGAAAAGUGUCAAAUUGGACAGGGUCAAGCUAGUUGAGGCCGUAGUUGCGUAUAGACGUUGGUUCGUGGAUGCGCGUGGCAAGCCCAACCCGUCGUUCACUAAGGCACACAGUAACUUUGAUAUACUUUACGAGCAAAUAUCUGCCAUUGUUGCUAAGACAGAGGCAAAGAACAUGAGCUACGGCGAGACAGUUGAAAACUUUCUUGUCCUUUUGAGCUCAAAUCUUUUUACUUAUGCAAACAAGUUCUUCUUCACCGAAGGAGGUGGGCACAACUUCUUUGCGUCUACAGAGCACACAGCGAUUGCAAAACAGAUCUGGUGGGUUAUCAAAGAGAUACACAUCUAUCUCAUCGACGGCGCUCUGCACCCCGUGUUAGGCGCUGGGGAGGAGUCCAUCCAGGUAGGCUCAACAACCAUAACAUCCACUAUUACUGUGAGCGACCACCGUGCAGUGCGGAUUCCUAACGGUGCUAAGUCCAAAUACUACGAAGAGAUACAGGCCAUAAAUGUCUUCAUUGAUAUGUUUGCGCGAAACGCAAAUGCUCUACACCUUAGUAAGACAGACAUGAUGCAGCUCUGCCGAACGGCCUUCAGUAUAUGCAUUGAUACACCAGCGUUGUCUCUGGAGCUGCCAUCAUCCAUUAGUUCGAUGCUCAUUGACUUGUCGUGUGGUGAGAUAGAUGCCAUAGAGCUUCUCAAUGCUAUCUUUGACCGAUUCAAGGAAUAUGACAUUGAGAUCUCGCGUGUCUUCACCAUGCUGCUCCUCUUUGUGAAGAACCAGAUCAAUCUCUGUUUCUUUGACGAGGAGUACGAUAUGCGAGUGUGCACUUCAUCAGAGAGCUCCGAGUCUAGCUACAAGCGCGGGCUUUUAAAGAUGCUGAAGCGCAUUCACCCUUUAGUUAUUAAUCUAAGAUCUGCAUACCCUCCGAAGUAUAUUGACUCGGAACUUAUAGACGUCAUUCUCCGCACAUUCUUGGUGCACCUAAUAUCAAUCAGUAUAACUGACUCAACGCUUUACAUAUACUUAAAUACCUUGGCCCAUAGCAUAAGGUAUUGCCGCAAUAGCUAUAGCUCCGCCGCAAAUCAAAUUCUUGUUUAUCUUAUUGUUGGAUGUGAAAAGUCAAAGCUUACGAGCCCCGUUUCCAAGCGUCCCUCGUUGGCAGAAGUAACAAGCCGGAUGGAUCAACUGACCUCCAGUCUUAAGAAGAAUGCGCCGCGCACUAGUGUAAGCUCAGCCACUCAGUCCAUUGAUGUGUCUCUUAAGCCCCCAGAGUUCUUAAAAAUAGAGAGCUCCUUGGCCAUGCAGGAAAAGCCUACGCUGUCCUCUAAAAACGUCGCUGCAUCUACACCUAUUGAGUGGCAUACGAAGUCAAACAGUCAUUUCACCCGCUCGCCUCUGACAAUGAAUGAUUCUCCCUCGGCUGUCUUAGAGGACAGCCUGAAAGUGAUGGAGAUGCCGUCCCCACUAUUGUGCAACAAUCAGGAGAAGGUAGCACCCAUCACAACACAGCCGUCUGCCGUUCUCUCUAAGCAGAUGUCUCCCCCCAGGGUUGUUCCUAAGCCCCCCUCUAAGAAGUACAACGUCAGUAUCACAAAUGACUCAUACAAUUACACUCCCAUUUGGAAAUAUAGCGGAUUUAUUUUGCACCAGAUGGAUGCUCUAACCAAUCGAGACCAGCCCUUGGAUAACUUCAUCUAUGCAAUAAGUAAGGUCGACGGAUCCCUUGUCCCUAUUCUGAAUUUCGUGGCUGAAACAGAGCAUUAUCAUUACCAGAUGUAUUUACCAAACCUUCUUAAGUACAUUAUAUCAUUAGAUCAUACGUAUUUUUCGUGUCCUGGACACCUUAGUAACGCAUACAAGCUGGUAUCUGCGUGCAUGCACAUCUUACAAUCUCUACUGGACAUAGGAUUUGCAAUGACGAUAACUGAACUAGAACAGUCGGUGAAGACGAUGAUCUCACCCGUUAACAACGUCAGCUGCAAUGUGUUACAAGGCUACUCUAGUCCUCUCCCCAUGCUCAGGAGGAACAAUAGAUGCUACAUGAAAACGAUCAGCGACGUCAAGGAGCUGACUGCCAAUACGCCCGCAGACACAGCCAAGAUGGACAUUUACGUCGAGAUAGGGAGAAAAUCUAUAUCAAACACCAUCAAGCGGAGUCAUCUUUCUGUAACGUUCCCACCAGAUAUGAGCACACACGUUGCAGGGCUCUUCUCUUCAGACAGGACACUUAAAUCUGCCAGCAGUACGACUCUUUCGGGACUCUGCACAGGGUACAACUCCCCCAAAAUAAGCUCGCCAAUUCCUCAGCAAGCAAGAGAGCGGAACCCCAUGCUGUUCGCGCAAGAACAGACCCACUCAUUCAUACUGGAUGGAACGGGGACCUUCAAAACAGAUGACCUCCCGAGCUCCGUCAUCAAUAGCAAAGAGUACCAUUUCCAAUUUGUGUACAUGCAUAGUCCUCUGCUAUAUUUUGCACUGGAGGCAUAUAGCCAUCUCGUAAGAAUAUCAAAUUAUAUCCUCUCCUUCUCUACAGACUCCCUUGAGGAAACGCUUAUAAGUAGAGAUGCUCGUAACAAGAAGACCUCAGAAAUCCUCUUUUGGAUACCUCUGCAAUAUAUAGAGGAUGUGGAUCCGUGGCCCAAGUACGGUGCUAAGCUUCCUCUGUCGCUCUCCCUGUUCCGGCUCAGAUCUUUCGUUAUCAAUUUCCGUACAAAGCAGGUGAACAUUGAGCAGACCCUCGACAAAAAGAAGAAGACCAAGAAGCGUAAGAUGGACCUGCUCUCCCGAGCUCUACCUGGCAACAGGUUCACCCAAAGUGCCAUCGAACGUAGCCUGAAUAACAGUGCCAUCGAACAGAUGCAGCACUCUAACAUCAGUAUCGAUGAUAUGAUCAGCGGACUGGGCGACGAAGAUCUUCUGGAAAAGAUUCCUUUCUUUGGUGGAAAGGCAUCCUCCCAGCCAGAUGUCCUGGGGUCCCUAUUGAGCAUGAUUCGGAUUGGAACAGGGGUCCUAGAAAACCUUGUGCUUCUCGAUUCCACAUAUGCAGAUUUCAGAUAUAACAUGACCAUGGGCGACCUUGCCCUGGAAAAUUGGCCAUUUCCAAUAGGAAAGAUUAGCUGUCACUUUUCACUACACACAGAUGGGCAAACCUUGGAAGUUGACCAUCCAGUAUACAUAAAUGCGUCCCAUACGUGGGAUUAUUUGUAUGGAUUGACAAGAACCAUUGUUCUACGUAUGGACAGAGACAUUGUAUUCAAGCGUACACUGAACUUUGGCAAUUUUGUCCUCCUCUCACAGACAAAAGGCGACGAAGCUGCCCUUCAGGAGGCGCUAGAGCAGAUAACGGAGCGGCACUCCAGGAUUCUCUGCUAUCUCCUAGGUCGGAAGGUACAAUAG